AUGGACAACGAAGGCUCAGAAACGAACCAGCAGAUACAGUCCAACCAUGCAAUAUCCAUAGAGUUGGAGGUGGCCGAGAACGUCAAUCCAUAUAGUCCUGUUGGUGAGGUGAAUGAAGAGGAAAGAGACGACCAGCCUAUUGAAGAAGAAGCGGACGAGCAUUGUAUUGAGCUCUUCCUCGAAAGCCAUCUGGGUUGUUCAGGUCGUUUAUUUCCCCCGAGCUGUUCGAAUGCUCCCACUCCGCCCUCAACACCCCAGCGGACUGCCACGCCUCGUCUGGGUCAGCGAAGCAGUACCAAUCCGAUUGGCUCUCGAGGAGACAAUGCGGCCGAUACCACGAACGGGGUGACGAGACCUGCCCAGAACAUUCAUCCCCUCGCGCUGGCUCCCAAUGGCCUUGGAGCAUCACAGACCAGUUAA